CUCUGCCGCUGUCGUCGUCUGGAUACUUAAGAGUUUGAGAGCCUCGGGGUGUUAACGGUGAAGUUUAACUUUUAGCGCAGUAAUCAGGUUGACCGUCCUGUGGAGAGGUCUUUCUGCUUUCCUCUCAGUUUCUGGUUCAGGUGGACGCUUUACAUCUCCUCUGUUAGGAUGUCUCCGUCCACGUCCCCCCGGUUCUUUACGGAGAGGGAGGUGGCCUGCCACUGCACCAAGGACUCCUGCUGGGUGCUGCUGGGGACCAGGGUGUACGAUGUGACCGCUUUCUUGCGGAUGCACCCGGGAGGGGAAGCUCUCAUUCUUCGCCGGUCGGGCAAGGAUGUGAGCGCAGAGAUGGAAGGACCCCCACACCGGCACUCCCAGAACGCCCGGCGGUGGAUGGAGCAGUACUACAUCGGAGAGCUGAAAAGAGACUGCGCCGACGAGGCACAGACUCUGAGAGAGAGGAGGAAGGCCAGUGAACAGACAGAAGGAAAGACAGAAGAAAAGACGACAGACAAGAACGUGAAAGAGGAAGACGAGAACUCCCCGUUCAACCGCUGCAGCUCUGUGGACCUGGACAAGGAUUUGGUGGACUGGCGGAAGCCCCUGGCUUGGCAGGUAGGCCACCUCGGAGAGAAAUAUGAUGCAUGGGUUCACGAGCCAGUUGAUAGACCUAUCAGACUGUUUGGAAACCCCUUCAUGGAGGCCAUCACCAAGACUUCUUGGUACUGGGUACCAGUGGUUUGGCUUCCUAUUGUGUUUUAUUUAAGUUGGCUCUGCUACACCACGCUGGCAGAGGGCACCACCAGGAUAGUCCUCACCUCAGACUUCUCAAUUCCGAUUCAUAAGUACGUCUUCGUGCCACUCUUUUUGGUGGGCUGGUUCUUGUGGUCGUUCAUCGAGUACUGCAUCCAUCGCUUUGUCUUUCACAUGAAACCACCAGCCCAUAACUACUACCUCAUCACGCUUCACUUCCUCCUGCAUGGACAACACCACAAGUCUCCGUUUGACGGCUCUCGGCUGGUGUUCCCACCCGGCUUGGCCUCUUUAGUGGUGGGAAGUUUCUAUAUAAUCCUCCGCAACAUGCUGCCAGAUAUCCUCGGGAUAUGCAUUUUUGUCGGGGGACUGUGUGGCUACGUCGUGUACGAUAUGAUCCACUACUACCUUCACUACGGUUCGCCAAAGAGAGGCUCGUAUAUGUACAGCCUGAAGGCCUACCACGUCAAACACCACUUUGAGCACCAGAGAGCAGGUUUCGGCAUCACGACCACAUUUUGGGACUACCCUUUCAACACAGUCAUCCCUAAUGAGGAAUUCUAACAGAAAAAAUGGGCUGAAGGGCCACAGGACUUAUCACCCACCCUCUUAGUAAGCAGCCCUUAUGCUAUAUUCACACCUUUAGUUCAGUCUCAGCAGCCAUAUCUUUCACAACCUUUCGCAACUCCACUUCUGAAGACUCCUGGGCCACUGCAGCUAGUCCACUCAUACAUACCUUAGCACAUUAUCAACCUGCUUUUUGAUUACAGCCAGCAAUCUUUGCCAGAGCUCGCUCAUCUUGGUGUGUAUGUGUUUCCCCACUGUGAUCAUUUCUGCACAGUUGCAAGGCCUUUCUGUGCCAUUUUUAUAACCAAAUCAACAUCUGUUGCUGCCGUGUUCUUCACUGCACUGACCUCGCCAGCCAAAUCAUCACCCGAAAGCCAUCCACAACAUCCUAAUGUACAGCCAGGAGGUGGGCCAUGGAGAGAAAGAAAAGGACACACACACACAAACAUACACACGUAGAAGCAUGUGCACAUUUUUUGGAGGAAUUCUAUGUUUGCUGUAUAGAUGUAUAAUACUGUCAAGUAUAUUCAAAAGAAACAUUACAUUACGUGAAAAAAACACUAAACAUUUAUCAUCACCAUAAGACAAAGGAAUGUCUGCACGCACACGCACGCACACACACACACACACACACACACACACACACACACUCAGACUGUGUGGUUUCAUCAGAGGGGAACAGGAAGUGAUGGAUGGUAGGUGAAUGUGAAAGAUGGAGAAGGAAGGGCACUGACGGUGUGACAGAAAGUGUGUGAGAGUGUGUGUGUAGAGAAUGUCAGUGACAAAGGAUCCUACAACCUAAUGAACCAACUCAGGAAAAAAAAAAUAUACAUAUAUAAAAUUUCUCCACUUCAUCUGCAGCUUCCUUGUCACUCUCACAGCUCUUUUUGCUGUUGGCUGCUCAGCUUUGCUGCUUCACACUGCAGGGUUGUAACAACACACAGAAAUUCCCUCCACCAUAUUUGUUCUCACUGUAGUUUUCAGAAGCAGCUGUGAACAGAAAAUGUUUGUUUUCAGAUAUUAGAACAUGCAGAAAUGCAUUUGACAGUUUAGAUUUAACUUAUUAAUUACCAGCAAAGCUGCAGAAUACGCUAGUGCAAUGUACUGUUAAUGUCAUGUAAAGCAGCGUUCUUAAUGUCUGACACCACUGUGGAGGUUUUGCAGGUCUGUUGUGAUAAUUCCUCAGUUUUCUUCUUUUUGUUCUACGAAAAAAGACGUAGAAAAAAAUAUUUUGUUUGAUGCUUUGUACAGAAGAGGAAAUUGUUUAAUUGCAUCAGCUUUACAUUGUCAGAGGGAGCAGAUAUUUUUUACGGGUUUGACAAUAAGAAAACAUAUGCAUUUAGUUGUGAGAUGGAUGAAUGAUAAUGUUGUCAUGGUGUCAGAGGGACGGACCUGAGGCAUGAGGCCGGUCUAUCCAGACUUCCUGCUGUGGGGAUCUCAAGGUCACAGAGUAAUUCAUUCAUUAAUUAAUUCCAAUUAAAAAUCUUUUUGGAAGGUGAAUGUGAAAAAUGUUUUAGGGUGAUUUUUAGGCUCUUUAGAAUCCACCUUCAGGUCUCCCUCCACCCUUCUAUAGCCAGUGGUUUAUGGAGCCAUGCAGAUCCCUGCAGGAUGACGAAGGACGAAUCCUCUGACUGGACAGCAGGAGGUCUUGUUAGUGACUGGCAGAUCCUCAAAAUGCCUCCUCCAAACACUCUACAACAACACAGAUAACUAAAGCAGAACAAACAGAACAUGAUUUUUUUAUAUAAACUUUUCUAGUUUGAGAAAAUACUCCCACACAAGAGUAAAAUAAUAAUAUAUUGAAAUGAUUCCAUUCGCAUAGCUUUUUCUUGCUAUUCAGAACAGCAAUAAUAAUUAAAUCUUUAGGUAAACCUUAAAAGGGCUGCGUCAGUAAAGUUUCACCACGACUUGCAGGGUCGGGCAUGAACUUCUCCAAAAUGUUUCUUGUUGUCCACAACAAACAUAUCAAAACCAUAACAAAGUUUGUCUUAUGUGCAGUUAAUACAAAUGUUCAAGGCUUCAUAAAGAAUUCUGACUAAUCACUGUGUACCACACUUCUUCAGAGACAACCAAAAAUUAUUUUUAAUGAUGGUGGACAUAUCGAUGACUGUGAUAAUAAUGAUUAUUAUGAUUAUGAUGAUAAGUGAUAAUGUAUACUGAUUGUGACGACUGCAUGACAAAGUGAAAGGAUUAUGCCUGUUGGAAUAAAGUACAUACAGAUCUUAUUUAUGUAUAUUUAUAUGAUAAGGAUGAAACAACAGCUUGUAAGCUUUGAUUCUGACAAGUGAACUUUUCUUUGUGCUAAAUUAUGCAGCGUAAAAUAAUAUUUCUUAAAUCUGUUUACUAUAAUAUCUUUAAACUUUUAUUUUGGAAUUUUAAAUGUCUAUGCAAAUGCAAAUGUAUUUGUAAAUAAAUGUCUGUAUAUUUCUGA